GGGAGUAGCGGAACGGCGCCGAGGAUGGGAUGGUGGAGGUCGGGGGGUUGAGGAAGAGGCGCAGCGCGGCGGCGGGGUCCGGCUCUCGGCGGAGGGCCGCAGCGAGGUGGUAGGACGAGAACUUCUUCCCCGCCAUGGCGGCCUGGGGCAUUGCGGCGUUCUGGUGGCGGCACACGUGGCAGUUGACACCUCUGACGUCAUGUUUGUCGUCGUUCUAUACUAGCCCUGGGCCCGGGCCCAGAUACAGGAUAUCAAGUAAAGGCCCAUCCUGAUUUCGAUUUGAUUGGGCCUUCUCCUGAGCCUGCUUGGGGUCGUCGGCGAAUCGGGGGCGAUUCGAUUCGCGUCGAGUCGUCGGAGGAAGGCGGCGCUUGGGCGGAGGAAGGAUGGAGGCGACUGUGGACGACCUGAGCGCGGCGUACGACGAGUUUGUGGCGGCGGCGGCGGCCGUGAUGGAGGCCCGCGCGCAGUCGGGCGGGGAGAAGACGGCGGCCACGGACGCCGCGCUCGAGGCCUUCAAGCAGCGCUGGGAGCUCUUCCGCGUCGCCUGCGACCACGCCGAGGAGCUCGUCGAGUCCAUCCGCCAGCGCAUCGGCUCCGAGUGCCUCGUCGACGAGGCCACGGGAUCCGCCUCCUCCGGAUCCGGGCCCGCGCCGCUGGCUGCGGCCCCCGGCAUCAAGCCCAUCAGCGCCGUCCGCCUCGAGCAGAUGAGCAAGGCCGUUCGCUGGCUCGUCAUCGAGCUCCAGCACGGCGCAGGAGGAGCCUCCGCCCCUGGGGCCGCCGGAAGUGGUGGUGCCGCUACCCCCAACGCCGGCGCCGGCCCGGGCCCCGGUGGGCAGCACCCCGAGGAGGGAGGCCAGUAGGUAUGGAGUUGCUGAGUUAACUACUGUAGCUGUGUCGUCCUUCAGGAAUGAACUCGUAGCGUCUCUCCUUCAAGAGAGUACAAAGAACAUGUGUUUGCAUCUCCGACUUACUGCAUUAGAGCUUGCGAUCACUAGCAUGGUACUUGAUAAUGCCCUGCGGUGUUCAUAUUUUGAAGAACUGAACCAAGUUACUUGUACUUUGCUGGCUGUUUUUCCCCUCCCAUUAUGAGAUAAUACACUAUGAACUAGUGACACAUAAUGCAUGGCAACUAAUUCUUGCUCGUCAUAACUAGUUGUAAACCGCCAGUGCAUUGCUAUGGUCGGCUUCUGAACUGUGCACUCAAAAUUAAGCUUUGAUCUUCUUUGCGUAAGACCAAAUUUAAACUGAUGCUUUACUGCUAUGGAAAGUGUAUCCAUGAUCCAAAUGAAACUAACCGAUAUUUGUAGAAUGGUAUUUACCAUUGAUUAAGUCCAUGAAGAAAUCUAAUCAAGCAAAUCUUUAGGGCCCGUUUGGCAGGGCUUCAGCUUUGGCUUCUCCUCCAAAAAAAGACCAAGCCCUUCCAAACACCAUUUUCUAAACCAGCUUCACCCAAAAAGCUGAAGCCAUUUUUAUUAGAGGGGAGGAGCCACUAUCUGUGGCUUGUCUAGUUUCAGCUCAUAUCAUUUUUUCAGAAAAACCCUCCCACCAAUGCGCCAAUUUUCUCUUAGAUCCACAGACCGCGAAGGGGUACGAGACCUCCAGAACAUCCCACGGAGCAGAGCAGAUGCACAAUCCUGCCGCUAGGGUUGGGCGCCGCCGCCGGCCCCUCAAAUCGUCGCCUGCCGUCAUCCCCUCUCCACCACCGCCGUUGCCGCCUCAAAUCCCCACCCGGACAAGCUCGAAUCCUGGCCGCGCAGCACGGGUUGGCUAGGGUUGAGCAGCGCCUAGGCCCAGCUGCGUCGCCGACCCGCCGUCCUCCUCGUCGCCGACCCGCGGCGCCUAGGCCCAGCUGCGUCGCCGACCCGCCGUCCUCCUCAUCGCCGGUCCCCUAGCAAAUUAACCGGAGAUUCUUUUCUCUUUUGUUAGCUACUGGUUAAGGCGUUGCUGGGCCAGCUUCAAGAUGGGUGCAAGGAACUGAUAUGCUGAGGCAUUGAUACAUUAUGAAUCGCUUGAGGAAGUCUCGAUCCAGCAGUGGUGUCGCGGGAUUAGGAGCCCAAAGUGGAACUAAUGGUGUGGCGAGUCAAUCCAAUCCGGCAGCCGGAAUCUUGCCAUCGUUCCCGGCGUUCAGAGUCCCCUCUGGUCAUGGUUUUCGCCCUGCAUACGCUACUGCCGGAGUGCCCCCUGCCGGUGGCUUCAUCCCCAUGUACCCCACAGGACCGUCAUCGACCGCACCUUCAGCCAGUGAGGCACCAACGGCUAGCUGUGGUGGACGCAACAGGAGGCCACCAGUUGCUCCUUCGUCGAUCGGGGUCGGGAUGGACAAUGACACGGAGUUAACUGAUGCAAGGUAGAAAUGACUGCACAACAUCUGUAAUUUUUUAGAAUGUAAAGUCAAAUAUGAAAACUUGGUACCAUUAUAGUGAACUGUUUUGAUUUGGGUCAAGGAGGUUCAUCAUUUUGCUCUUUAAAAUAGAACUGUUUUGUUUGAGUGCCUAUCUAUUGUUGCAGUAAUUUAUUCUGAUAGUUGCCUAACGGUUGUAGUUUUUGGUAUAACAAUCGUAGUAUUUCUGAUGCUAAUAUGACUUUUUAUGUGAGCAGUAUGGCUUUUUGGAGUGAUGAGAGAACUAGGAUAGUAUGUGACAUUUUUGCAGAAGAAGUGCUAAUUGGAAAUCGUUCGAGUACUCAUUUAAACAAAGCUGGGUAUAACAAUGUCAUCCAAAAGUUUAAAACUGCAACUGGACUUGAGUAUACUAGAAAGCAGUUUAAGAACAAAUGGGAAAGGUUGAAAUCAGAUCAUAGUAUUUGGAAGCAAUUGAAGUCGCAGACCGGUCUAGGAUGGGAUGGAAAUGGGAACAUUAUUAUGACCGAUGAAUGGUGGAAGAAGAUGUCCAAAGAGAUAAAAGGAUCAGGAAGGUCAAGACAAGAGGGCUACAAAAUGAGGAGAAGUUAGAAAUUAUGUUUGAAAACCUUCAUAAUACCGGUGAGGAUAAUUGGUGUGCUUCUAGCAGCGUUCCACCAUCGCAAAGCUAUCAACCAAGUGAAGAGGAGGAGGAAGAGGAGGAGGAGGACAACAGUGAACCAGAUCCGGGGACACCUACUAGUGGGGCAAAAAGGAGAAAUAGAUUGUCUGAGAAUAGUAGGGGAAAACAACCGAAGACCAGCAAGGGGAGUUGGCUACUUGGAGAGGUUGAGAGAAUGGUUGAAAUGAAUGAAAGAACUACUAGGUCUUGUGAGUCUA